AUGGCGUCUUCAAUUCCUCCUCGACUCAAUGAGCUAGUCUCAUACGUGCGCUCUCGCUCUCCUUAUUACAAGUCUCUGUACGCGAAUCUACCAACAGACAUUGAGAACUUCGAGGCUCUCCCACUGGUUGACAAUACCCUUUAUUGGAAUUCAUCUAAUAAGGAGCCCAAUGGUGUGCUUACAGAGCCUUUGACAGAUGCUGUCAUUAUGCGCAGCGGAGGAUCUACCUCGGAACCGAAGACAGUUUACAUGACGCGCGGAGAAUUCCUAGAGACUUCUCAAAUUAAUGGCGAGCUCUUCGGUCGUGACUGUGGAAUUCUGGCCGGUGACCGUGUUGCCAAUCUCUCUUCUCAAGGGGGCAUGUACUCGGGGUUCAUGACUUACGGUUAUACUGUGAUGAACUGCUCUCUUCCGGUUGUGAACAUGCCUAUCAGUGGGAAGGAGUCACCUGCAGCUAUUGAAAAGGAUAUUUCUCAAUUUAAGGGCACAGUCAUUAUUAGCAAUGUUUUCAUUGCUACGAAGCUCGCAACUUAUCUUCGAAGCAAGGAAGCUCAGCUUCCUAGCAUCCGGUUGAUCCUGUAUACCGGCGAGUCUUUUUACAAAGACCUCAGGACUCUUUACAAAUCUGCCUUUCCAAAUGCUACCAUAAGGCCGUUGGCAUAUGCGUCUGUUGAAUGCAAGAUUGUGGCAUUUCCCCACUAUCAACUCAACUAUGCCAAUGAGGACGGUGAUAUCAAUCCUAUCUACGAAGUUUGUAACAGGGCCGUUUAUCUUGAGAUAAUUGCGGACGAUGGAUCCGUGAUCAAAGAAAAUGGUGUUCAGGGAAAUAUCGUGGUGACAAACUUGCUCAAGAGAUUGCAACCAACUAUCAGAUACCCAAUUGGAGAUGUGGGUGAAUGGGUUGAUUUCCAGUCCGGUCAUUUCAAUUUGAAAGGCCGUAGCAACGUGGGAUUGAAGAUCGGCACAGCUCUACUGGAUAGGAGGUUGAUAAGGAAGCUUGUUGCUCAGGUAGUGGGUGAUGGUGUCGUAGAUAGCUUUCAGACGGUAAUCCGGAGAAAGGAUUCGUAUAACAUCUUGAUUUUCAGGAUUGCAGCAGAGGCCCCGUCAGACGCUGCAUAUAUACCGCGGAGGCUUGAAAAUGCCAUUAUUCAUGGAAACCCAAGUUGGAGAGCAAAUCGGGAUGCUGGGCAUAUUGCACCUGUUGAGGUCGAAUGGGUGCAGUUUGAGGAUUUGGUGUUUUUGGAGGCAAGUGGGAAGCUUCGGGAGGUUGUUGAUGAGAGAUUUUAA